AUGGAAACUAGCGGGGCGGCGCAUGAAGCGCAAGCGGGGACGGAAGCGCCGGAGAGCAGCGCGGGAGGCGGAGGAGCGUCGUCGGGGAAUAAAGACCUGACGAGCGCCGAUUAUUACUUCGACUCGCGCGUCGAGAGAGGAGGCGGAGCUGAGGUGCCCUUCAGCGCAAGACCCGUUGGUGCUCUGUCCAAACCCCCGCUCAUCCACGACCCACCUUUUUCAUCCCUCUCCGUAAUUUCCCUGCGCCGCGCAGGCAUCCACGAGGAGAUGCUGAAAGACGCGGUGCGCACUAAGACGUACGAGGCCGCGAUCUGCGGCAGCACGUUUCUGUUCAAGGACAAGGUUGUCAUGGACGUGGGUGCUGGCACGGGGAUUUUGUCCCUCUUUGCUGCCAAGGCGGGAGCCAAGAAGGUGUACGCGGUAAGAGCCGUUAUGCUGUCGAGGACGUGUACUUGCCAGAAGGGGAGAAGGUGUAGUCAGUACCCCUCCAGACCCCUUCACAACCCUCCGCACCCCCCUCUGCCUCUCUCGCAACGCCCGCCCCUCCCUCCUUUCGCAGUUAUCACGGUGAUCAAGGGGAAGGUGGAGGACGUAGAGUUGCCAGAAGGGGAGAAGGUGGAUGUGAUUAUAUCGGAGUGGAUGGGCUACUUCCUCCUCUACGAGUCCAUGCUCGAUACUGUGCUGUUCGCCAGAGACAAAUGGCUGGCAAACGGCGGCAUAGUGCUGCCAGACCACUGCUCGCUGUACCUGAUGGCGAUAGAGGAUGCAGAGUACAAGCAGGAGAAGAUUCACUUCUGGCAGUCAGUGUACGGGUUUGACAUGAGCUGCAUUCGAGACAAGGCCAUGUUGGAGCCUCUGGUCGACACCGUAGACGCAGAGCAGAUCGUCACCAACUCUUGCCUCGUCAAGUCGCUCGACAUCAGCAAGGUGACGAGGGGCGACCUCUCCUUCUCGGUGCCGUUCAAGCUCGUGGCGGAGAGGAACGACUUCGUGCAUGCGCUCGUGGCCUAUUUUGACGUUGGCUUCACCAAGUGUCACAAGCCCAUCGGUUUCUCCACAGGGCCCAAGAGCCGGGGCACGCAUUGGAAGCAAACGGUGCUAUAUCUGGAAGAUACCCUAACCAUGUGUGAAGGGGAAGCGGUUACCGGAACCAUGCAAGUGAAGCCGAACGAGAAGAACCCCCGCGAUCUAGACAUAUCCGUGACUUACAAAUUUGAUGGUCGUCGAGGGAAGGCAUCACGCACACAGCACUACCGCAUGCGGUGA